CGCACGUGACCGCGCGCAUGGCGGCGGUGGCGGGAGGGUGGCGAGCGGGGCGCGCCCGGCGGCGGCGGCGGGGCCGGGGCGAGGAGGAGAAGAAGAAUGAGGACGAGGAGGAGGAGGAAGGGGGUCCCGGAACCGAAGCGGUGCUGCGGCGGCUGCGAGAGGCGCGGGACGAUCUGCUGAGCUCCGGCUUCUGGGCGGCGAGCGCCGGAGCCGUGCGGGCCCCGCUGAGCGCGGAGCCGCCCGCCCGCUGCGUGUGCUACGGGCUGGGCCGGUUCGGGCGCUGCCCCAUCGCCCGGUACCAGCUCGCCUUCCUGCUGCUGCUGCUGGACGAGCUGCGGGUGCCGCCCGCCCGCUGCGCACUGUUCGACCCGGCCUUCUCGGCGCGGGAGGCGGCGGCGCUGCGAGCGCUGGGGCUGUGCCUGCUCCCGGAGAAUGAGGAGGGGAAACACGGCAUCGAGGGCGCGGCCACGUUGUUCUACAUGGUGCACUGCGGGAAGGCCCUGUACAACAACCUGCUGUGGAGCAACUGGAGCCCAGCGGCGCUUUCCAAGCUGGUCAUCAUCGGGAACAGCUUCCGAGGAAUCGAGGAGAGAUUGCUGACCAGAAUCUUGGAGAGAGAUUAUUCUUACAUAGCAAAGGUCUUGAGAGGAGUGGAGGAAGUGGCACUCCCCAGUCACCCCCGCUACCUGGACACCUUCAAUGACACCUCUGUGCACUGGUUUCCCUUGGAUAAACUGCAGGAGCUCUCCCCUGAGGUCUGGGACUUCAUGGAGGAGCCAAUGUACCAAGAUUGUGAGGACCUGGAGAUCAUCAGGAAGGGGGAGGAAGCUACUGCCAAGUCCUGACCAUCCCUGUGGCAGGGCUGGGAUCCACAUCUCUUCCCAUGGAAGCUUCUGUGCAGCUAAGAUGGAGCUCAAGUAGCAACUGUGGCAUCAGGCUCUGUCCAAAGUGGCAGCACCUGAAUGCUGAGGUGAUAGGACAUUUUUGUAUUUUAUUUAAGAAAAAAGUAAAGCAGAGCUUUGAUUUACACUCACUAAA